UCUUAAUCUCUCUAAAAAUUCCAAACCAAGAAAGAGCCAAAUUAUAAAAAAAAUAAAAAUAAACAAAAGAGCCUUUCACUUUCUGUCCAAUCGUUUUAGUUUGAAGUUUUUGGUGCCAUUUGUUUUGACGUUUAAUUCCAACCUCUGAAUUAAAUCAAAAGUGGCCAUGAGAAAAAUGUUGUAAGCAUGUAUUCCUUUCUGGAGUGUUAGGAAAAGCCCAUAAUCCGAUCUCUCAUUAAUCUUUUGUAUAUUUUUAGUCUCUUAUUAAUAUUCUAAAUUUAAUUGUGGGAGAGAAUCAUGUUGCAGGAGAUGGUUCAUCCACAAGAUCAACAACUCUCCAUUCAGGAGGAAUUCAGCAACCCCAAUAUUGGAAGCCAUUUAUUGGAAUUCAGUGAGUCUGAAUUAUUCCCAGAGACUGUCCAAAAUUCUGAAGUUGGCUCAAACACCUAUGAUCAUGAAAAACAAUCUUCUUAUCAAAUACAACUCUCUAAUAUUACUGUUGAAAUGAGUAACUUCAACACUUCAACUAACAUAGACGACGAAAUCAAGCCGCCACCGCCGCCGCCGCCGAUCGUAGCUGCCGCCGGCACGCUAUUCGAUGAGGAGAAUGACAUCUCAGCAGCCAUAGACUUCACAACUUCUCCCUCUUUUUCUCAUCAUCAAUAUAUCAGUAACAACAGCAGCAGCAACAACAACAACAACAACAUCGAUAACAACAACGACAAUGAUGCUAGUCAGGAAGCGUUCGACAUCUCCUCGUUAAACGGGCAGCUCGACAUGACGGCGGCGAGUGGGUGGGCGGCGGCGGGGCCGUAUGAGGAGGAAUGUAUGUCGUCUUUCAUGCGGAUGAAGGCGUCUCAGCCGCUCAUCGACUCGAUCAUGGUGCCGUAUUUGGGGCCGCCGCCCGGUAUUCCGUUCACGACGUCGACGCAAAGCUCGGGAGCUUUUAUGGGGAUGCAAGAUCUGGAGUUUCAAGGAGAUAAUGCUGCUUUUUUCAUCCCUGAUAAUAUGCAGAGAGCCUUCAACUGCCCUACUGAUCUUCAGGGACUUAGUAAUGAAAGCCAGCAUCUAUAUCAUGGAGGAGCAACUACAACAACUACUUCAUCUCUGGCAUCAGAGAUUUCAAGUUUGGAAGACCCCACAUUUAAAGUGGGAAAGCUCUCAGUUGAAGAAAGGAAAAGAAAGAUUCAUAGAUACAUGAAGAAAAGGAAUGAAAGGAACUUUAGCAAGAAAAUCAAGUAUGCUUGCCGGAAAACUCUUGCAGACAGUAGGCCUAGGGUGAGAGGGAGGUUUGCUAAGAAUGAUGAAUUGGGAGAAGUUGGAAGGCAUAUGGGAAACAACCAUGAAGAUGAUGUGGAUGAAGAUGGCCUAUAUUCCAAUUCUAUCCCUCGUGAUCAUCAAAGAAAGGUUGUGGUGAAAGAAGAAGAUGAGCUGGAUUCCUCAGAUAUUUUGGCACAUAUAAGUGGAGUGAAUUCUUUUAAGUGCAACUAUCCAAUUCAAUCUUGGAUUUAAGUUGAGAAUUAGUUGUCACUUAUAAAUUACUUUAAUUUGCAGCAAUUUCGCAUGUAAUCGUUUGAAAAAUCUAAAAAAAAUUGGCCUAUUUUAUCUCAUAUAUGGUAACAGUCAUGUAGUUUUUAAUGACAAUUGUACGCAGUAUAUAUAUAUAUAUACAAGUUAACUAGUGAUAUUUGUAAAAAAUAUUUUGCUUUACUA